CGAGAAGCAAUGCAGCAGCACUUGAACGCUCAAUCGCGCCAAAUGUGGGGACUUGCUGACGACUCUCCAACCGCCGGAUAGCAGCAUCAGCGAUAUCACUUCUGGACCUGGAUCGGGCGCCUCGACAUCAUACGUGCCACUCUCAUCAUCUCGGCAAGUGGAGGGGCAAGGGCCGGAUGACGCUCAUUGACUGCUGACUGCUGCAUGCAUGGCUGACCAGCUGUAGUCAUGCAGUCGCGAGUCGUGAUCAAGUAGGGUGCCGAAGUCGGUCAGGUCGGGAAAGGUACAAGUACGAGGUUCUCUCGACGCCUUCUCCUCCAGUUUUGCUCCCCCCAUCCCCACAUUCAUCUCGCUUUCCACCCAUCUUCCACCCUUAUCCUCCUCCUCACUCAUCCUUCACCCUCUCAUCAGGCCCAAUCAUCCAUCUGCCCACCAUGAAGUUCACUCUUGUUGCCGCCUUCGCCUCCGUCGCCGCGCUCGUGGCUUUCGCCCCGGCCGCUCAAGCUGCCGACGACCGCGUCAUUGCCGACUUCAAGGGAGGAAAUGGGGACGAGUUCUGCAACUCUUGGAGGUGCAACUGCAUCAACUACGUGCCCAAGAACAAGAAGCUCUCCUUCCAGACCGCUUACUGCCAAAAGGGAGACUUUAGCGGCAACUUUCCAGACUCCAAGGCGCGCGUCUUCUGCUCCUUCACCGACGGUAGCAAGACCACAACCGUGACCAAGCACGUCGCUGCCGCUACCUUUGCCACGCUCGAGUAGAGAUGCUCUGGGAACAGUCUUCGACAUGCCGGCAUCUGGGUCCUCUUGCAUUCUGUAGCCUGCAUGCGCAUCCUACCUUUCUGCUUUCCUCCCCUUUUACAGCAUCUUCCUCGACGUUGGCGCGUGCCUCAUCGCAGUGCCGCCGAGAUGACCCUGGACAAUUACAUGACUUGUGUGUUCGUAUCAACCAGCAAGUGUGUGACUGCAUCAAAUAUGCUCUCCAUCUCGAGCUCUGUUGACGUGAUCCCCAGAUCGUCAGGUCACCUAGCCAAAGCUGGUGUUGAAGGCGAUGUGCAAGUGUGCGAGCAAACAACUGCGUUGCAAGGACCGGAAC